AUGUUCGUGAGAAGAUUCCGAAUCUGUGCGCCGCUCUCCUUCCCCAGGAGGUACAUCGGGGACCACAACAGAAUUUUCGACAAGCUCAAAGAAAGAGGGGGACCCCUGGACGGGAAAACAAGUGAACAGAUGUGCAAUCAAGACAGCGAUGACGACCGAGUGGAAAUAAUUAACAUUGACGAGAGAAUCCUUCAGAAUGGUGACAUCCCCUGGGGGGAGGUAAAGAAGAAUGAACAAGCAGAGGAAGAGCAUCUACACAGAGAGGAUGAAUUCUACAAAAACAUGAGGUACUUUAAGAAUGUCGACGUGAGAAGCUUCAUCCAGGAGACGAUUGACUAUUACACAGUUAAGCAGCUCAGAAGGGAUGAGUGGACAGGGAAGGAAGGACAUCACCAGAGGUCGAAUGGCAAGAGGGGACUCCAAAUGGGGAGGGAGGAAGAAGCAGGAGGAGAGACAGAAGUAGAACAACGAGUGCGAGACGACCAAGUGAGCGAUGAAGCAAGGCGAACCAGCCAAGGAGGCACUUGCAAAAGGCGUGACGACGCAGAGGAAGCCUAUAGACCACCCUUCCAGGAGAAACCAAAACGGGAGCAACGCACCAGGGAGAGACCCUACGAGGGGUUAACCCCUGCACAGAGAUUUUACGAAGAGAACAAGGAGAAGUUGAUCGCAGAGAGCAUGAGGCAGUACAACGAACGGAGAAUGAAACUGGAUGGGGAGAGUAUCGCCCACCUUCAGGGACAGCCAAUCCAGGGGGAGGAAGCUGAAGAGGACUAUUACCACACCCAGGUGACGGACCCGAUCGUCAGGCAGAGGGGGGACUACCUUUUCGACUACGAAGAGGGUGAAGGGGAAGCAAACGGUGAGAAUGGAAGGAGCGAGGCGGACGACAGCGUCGAAUUGGAGAAGGGAGUCAUGCCUACCAUCGAGCAAGUCGUCUUCAUCCUAAAACAUGAAAAAGUGAAAAACAUUAAAGUAAUCGAUUUGGACAAAUGUGGACGGAGAGACAUCGGGAUGUUCCUAAUUCUCUGCACAGGAGAAACACCAAAACAUAAUAAACGAGUGGGAAAGUUAAUCAGCCGAAUUUUUGUAGAUUUAGAGAUACCCUACAUUUCGAAGGUGGCCUACUGCUACUGCAACAAAUUCGAUGACUGGAUCAUUGCCCACUGUGGUCCCCUCAAAGUGCAUGUCGUCACAAAGGAAUUGCGAGACGUUUACGAUCUGGAAAGUCUCUUCCUUUACCCUCAUGAACAUUUCGACAGUGGCAACUUCCCCGCCUUCUUCGACUAUACUCCCGGCAUCCCGCCCCCCUACAUCGUUCGCAGUAACUCCUCCCUGGACGCCUACCCGAAUGACGACCUGUACCGGAAGUUCCUUGCGGACACGUGA